AUGUUCAUCCCUCUAGCCGCCCCGUUGAUGCUCACGGCCGCCCCGUCGUCUGGCCCCCCGCCCCUCCCCAAGAACGUUAAAAUCACCUCCAUCUCCGAGUGGCAGUACUACUUCAACUACAACUAUGGCGUGUUCCGAGCACCCGCAAACCAGGGUGCCGAACUCGAGCGUCUUGACAUUGAUAUCACCUAUGUUGAGCCUCAGGCACCCGGCGCCUCAAAAGAGCCACUCUUCCUUCCGAAGGUAGCCGUUCUCAUCCUCCGAGGCGGCGAUAUGAUCGACGACGACGACGAGCGUAUGGACUAUCUCGCCGAAGUACUCGAAGCCGUCCGCCCCCUAGAAUUCCAAUGGCUCAGCGACACGGCGAGCGGCGGUUAUUCUCCGACGGCGCACCUCGUUCACCCUGCUGUUGUCGAGGCUGGUGAACGCUGGUCCGAGAAGGGCAUGCUCCGCAAGCUUGUCCUGCAGGGAGGUUUCCCCAGCUCGACCUGUCCCGACACAACCCUCAUGAACCCCAACAAGGCCCUCGACUUUGCCUUCCGCAAGUGGUCUGUAGAGGAGAUUGACUGGAACCUUGACAACUACACCCCGACCGCUUGCGUGACUAUUGUCCAGCACUACCUCCUGGCUGUCAACACGGAGUACUGGAAGGGCUCCUGCAAGCGUGUCCCGACGCGCGCCUUGAUUUUCACUUCCGUACCCAAGGAAGCUCUCGAGCGCAUCCGCAACCUUCCGACCAAGAUUGGACUUCCUCAGCCUGCUGCCGAGUGGCUCCAGGAUGUCCUAUUUGUUGGCUACGGCGAUAACGUAUCCCGCAUCUGGGGCGAGCACCCGCCCGUGGAUGAGCGGUUGUACGCGCGUCUGCGUGCUGAGCUUCUGGUCCUCCAGGAGCACCGCAUUCUCCCGAUGACCAUGUUGUGGGCGUGA